ACAGGACCAGCCGCUCCGCGGGUCGCUCCGGGCCCGGCUGAGGCUCGCGCUCCCCACGCGGGGCGAGUCGGAGCCCAGCUCACCGCGAGGCCCACCGCAGCCUCCAAGCCCGGACACCUCCCUUCUUCCCCGGGACCAGUGUUCCACGGUUCCCAACUACGGGUGCCCAGACGACUCAAUCCGCGUUCGAAAUUUCCUCUCCUUCCCCUCCCCCUCCAGGGGCGGUACUCCCGGCUCCGGAGAGGUGGGGUUGCUAUAAACGGGUUGAGGUCACCGAGAAGGGGCGAAGGCGCGACGGGACCUGAGCUGAGGGACGGGAAGCUCAAGCCUCACGUCCCCGCAUCAUCCCGCCUUCUCUCUUUUUCCCUGAGAUCCAGAACCUCCACCCUUCUUCUAGGCUCGCUGGCUCGUGGCCGAGGAGCUCGCGCGCCGCCUCCGCCCCGAACGCAAACAGCUGUUCCCAGAGACGUCGCCGCCCUCAACUUUGCCAACUAGUCCGCACGCACUUUGACCAGCAGAGCAGCCCGGACCUGUAGGCUGGGGGCCGUUGGCGGAGUUAAAAAAAAAAGAGGUGAAACAGCUGGUUUCGGAGCCGAGAGUCGCUUGGGUUGGCCUCAGAACUUUCCUGAGGCGGCGGAGCGACCCAGCCCCGCCCCCCGGACGCCCGCGCGCUCGGGUCGGGCGCGUUCCCUGGCUCGCGAGCGCGUGGGCAGCGGCGGUAGCGACUCGGGUGGCGCAGAGGCGGCGGCGGCUGGAGUGGCGGUGGGCGGUGGAGCUGAGGAAGCGGCGGCGUUUGCGCUUGUCAGGUCAAGAAGUUCUAGAGAAGAAAAAUUUCAGAAAAAUUGCCUCAAUUUAAGGAAAAUCCCAGUGAAUCAAGAAGAUUUGAAGCACCUUCCUUGAAGAAAACCUGGUAUACAGUAACUGCGCAGACUUAGCUUGGGUUAUUUACACAAAUUGGACACUGGACUCUGCUGCCUGGUGCUUGAACCUGUUUGGAAUUUUUCUCAUGUGGAUCUAAGGGGAAUGCUUUAUUAUGGCUGCUGUUGUCCAACAGAACGACCUAGUAUUUGAAUUUGCUAGUAACGUCAUGGAGGAUGAACAACAGCUUGGUGAUCCAGCUAUUUUUCCUGCCGUCAUUGUGGAACACGUUCCUGGUGCUGAUAUUCUCAAUAGCUAUGCGGGUCUAGCCUGUGUGGAGGAGCCCAAUGACAUGAUCACUGAGAGCUCCUUGGAUGUCGCCGAAGAGGAAAUCAUCGACGAGGAUGACGACGACAUCACCCUUACAGUUGAAGCUUCCUGUCAUAAUGGGGAUGAAACAAUUGAAACUAUCGAGGCUGCUGAAGCACUCCUCAAUAUGGAUUCUCCUGGCCCUAUGCUGGACGAAAAGCGCAUCAAUAAUAAUGUAUUUAAUUCAUCUGAAGAUGACAUUGUUGUUGCCCCAAUCACCCAUGUAUCCGUCACAUUAGAUGGGAUUCCUGAAGUGAUGGAAACUCAGCACGUUCAAGAGACAUAUGCACACUCACCAGGACGCUCAUCACCAGAACAACCUAAGAGAAAGAAAGGGAGAAAAACUAAACCACCACGACCAGAUUCCCCAGCCACUACACCAAACAUAUCUGUGAGGAAGAAAAACAAAGAUGGGAAGGGAAACACAAUUUAUCUCUGGGAGUUUUUACUGGCACUGCUCCAGGACAAAGCUACUUGUCCUAAAUAUAUCAAGUGGACCCAGCGAGAAAAAGGCAUUUUUAAAUUGGUAGAUUCUAAAGCAGUGUCCCGAUUGUGGGGGAAGCACAAAAACAAGCCUGACAUGAAUUAUGAGACCAUGGGAAGAGCCCUCAGGUACUAUUACCAAAGGGGUAUUCUGGCAAAAGUAGAAGGUCAGCGCUUGGUGUAUCAGUUUAAGGAUAUGCCGAAAGACCUUAUUUAUAUAGAUGAUGAGGAUCCAAGUUCCAGCAUAGAGUCUUCAGAUCCAUCACUGUCUUCAACAACCACUUCGAGUAGGAACCAGGCAAGUCGAUCGAGAGUAUCUUCAGGUCCAGGGAUAAAAGGAGGAGCCACUACAGUUCUAAAACCAGGGAAUUCUAAAGCUGCAAAACCCAAAGAUCCUGUGGAACCUGCACAGCCAUCAGAGGUUCUUAGGACAAUGCAGUCCACACAGACUCCAUAUCCUACCCAGCUCUUCCGGACUAUUCAUGUAGUACAGCCAGUACAAGCUGUUCCAGAAGGAGAAGCAACCAGUAGCAUGCAGGACGAAACAUUAAAUUCUUCCGUUCAGAGUAUUAGGACUAUACAAGCUCCAGCCCAAGUUCCUGUGGUCGUAUCUCCUGGGAAUCAGCAUUUGCACACAGUAACACUUCAGACAGUGCCAAUCACAACAGUUAUAGCCAGCACAGAUCCAUCAUCAGGUGCUGGAUCUCAGAAAUUUAUCUUACAAGCCAUUCCAUCGUCACAGCCCAUGACAGUACUGAAAGAAAACGUUGUGCUCCAGUCGCAGAAGCCGGGCUCUCCUCCUUCCAUUGUCCUGAGUCCUGCCCACGUACAGCAGGUUCUUACUAGCAAUGUUCAGUCCAUUUGCAAUGGAACCGUCAGCGUGGCUUCAUCUCCGUCCUUCAGUGCUACCACACCUGUGGUGACCUUUUCUCCUCGCAAUUCACAACUGGUUACUCACCCACCUGGCACUGUAAUCACUUCAGUUAUCAAAGCUCAAGAAACAAAAACUCAUAUACAGGAAGUAGAGAAAAAGGAGGUUGAAGAUAAUUUGAAAGAAGGCACUGGGGAAACUGAGCAGCAGUCACAGCCUUAUGUGAUGGUGGUAUCCAAUGGAUUUACCUCUCAGGUAGCUAUAAAAAAUGAACUGCUGGAACCCAACUCUUUCUAAGUAAUAUACCAAAGGAAUUACAGAUGGUGGUUUUUUAAUUGAACAUUUUCAGUUGUAUGCAAACUAUUGAUUGAUUCUAAGGUAAAUUCUCCAAAUGUUCCUAAUUUUAUAGUUACUUGUUAAAAAUAAUAACUUAGAGUUAAUUUUGACUUUGUUAGAUGAGGGGAGGAAAACCCAAGUGUUUCUUUUUGUUCUUCAAAUGUUUCAGAAUUCAAUUGUGAAGGAACAGGCGUUUUAUACUAUGAAGACAUUCUUUUGAGGUUUUUUUUCAGUGGCUAUAUCAUAUGCAUUUUUAAAGUUUCUUUUUAAAUUUUACAUCAUAUUAGCUUUUCUGAUUCUUCUGUAAAUACAGUACUUAAAUAUGACAUCAGGAAAUUUAUAUAGGAGCUAUUUUCAUUCCACUUGUAUAGGUUAAGUCUUGACUCUUUCAAAUGCAAGACACCUAUUUUAUGCCUUGUUAAAAUUAUGAUUUCACUUAGAUCGACUUUAGUUUGUUGCACUGUAUAUUGAACUAUGAUUAUGUAAAAUAUAACAUUAAAAAUCGAAAUGUGUCCAUGAUAUGGCUGAACCUGUUUCAGAAGCAGGACAGUAUAAAAGCAUCAGCCUAAGAGUGGCUCUCCUACUAACUAGUUGUGUAACCUUGGGCAAGCCACUUGAUCUUUCUGGGCAUCAUAAGAGGAGGGAUGUAUUGGAUUAGAUUAGAUGAUCUCCAAUUUCCUAUCUAGUUCUAAAUUUUAUGAUUCUAAGCCCUAUGUUUUAAGCUUAUCUCCUACUGUAAAUAUAGCUAAAAUAUUGCAGAAAAAUUAAUGACCCUACAAAAUUCAUUUUUCUGUUACCUGUUAAGAUUUGCUCUGAACCUGAAUUCCUCCUAAAUACUUUGUUCAUUAACUCUUUAGGCCACUGUGCACUGUGGUCCACUAGUAAAAAACAUGUUGCUGAGUGCUAAAUGAUAUACUGCUAUUCUGAAAGAGUCAGCGUUCUUUAAGGCCCCAGAAAGCAAUCAAGGCUUGGGCUAAGCUGGCUGAGUAGUCAGUUGCUAUAAAAGCAUAAUUGCUUUAUAUUGUGGAUAUUUUUUUAAUUGAGAGUGGGGGGAGGGGGAAUUGCAUACAAAGAUAUACAUUAUAUAUCCCAGUUUCUGAAAUGAAAUAGUUUUUAGAUUACUUUUUCAACUGUAAAUAAUGUACAUUUAAUUUCACAAGAAAAAUUGUUUUCUGCAAGUUUUCUAGUAUAGCAAAAAGAAAUUUUUGUAGAUGAAAGAAUCAUUAUGUUUAGAGGUCUAAUGUUAUAUGUUUUCAUGUUA